UUACAGAGAAGAAGGAGUAGUAGAAGUUUCAGCUACAGGCACGCGUAUUUCUAACUGUCUAUCCUGGCGACGCCUGGAGCUGACUCGGACGCGUUGUUGUCCUUCAAACGUCCACAGGACGGGGAGAGGGACAGUCAGCCUUCUUUCUCGGUGCCUUCAACCUCAAAGUCCCCUGAGACGUCCUCGCUUUCUUCCGGGGUGGCGGUUGCGAGACAUGUGUCCGAUCGCUCGAUUUCAUCCACUGCCCCGUCGCUGCACUGCGGCGAUGCGUCCACGACUACGAGCAGCGGAAGUUCCGAAUUCGACAAAAGCGACUACAGCACCGAGAGUGAAAUGUUGGACAUCGGUUCAUUCGACAUGGCUCCUGAGACGGCGGGACCGCUGUUGCAGUUUCCUAUCGACCUUUACAGGCAAAUGCGCCUCUCUGGGAACCAGGGCAACUUGGUCCUCUCUCCGUGGCUGGUCGCCUGCAUCCUCGUUAUGGUCCACCAGGGAGCGCGGGGAGACACUGCCAGUAAAAUCACGCGCCUCUUGCAUGCCUCCUACAGGACCUGGGCCAAGGGCGAGCUCCUGGAGCGGUUCGUGCGCUGGACCGGCGACCUGCGUCUGGGGCCUCGCCAAAGCAGUGGUGGCCUUCGCCUCACGCGUUACGCCUGUCUCUACCACGCUGAGUCCAUCGAGCUCACCGACGAAUACGCUGCGGGCAUGGGGAAGCUUGGCGUGCACUGUCACUGUAAAGAUUUUGCUUUUAGCGCUGAGCAGUGCCGUCGCUCCAUGGACGCCUUCGCGCGUGCGAUGACGUCAUACACGGUUGCCGCUCCCGGUCAAGCGCUCCGGCAAGAGGAUGUCAACAAACAAGCGCAGCUGGUUCUCGUAGGCCUUAUUCGGCAGGAAGUUCGUUGGUGGCGCCGCUUCGACCGGGCUUCGGAGGGAAUCUUCUACGAGGGACGAGACCGGACUUGCACCAUCGCUAUGAUGACGCAGACGGCUCCGUUCCCGGUAGGUGAUUCGUUGGAACUCGGAGUGAGCCUUGCGGAACUGCCCUUUGAGUCACCUCACCAAUCACUAGUCAUUCUCUUGCCAUACGAUGUGGAAGGACUUGCAAGCGUGGAAGAAAAAAUGAACGCGUCCAAGAUUCUGCAUUGCCUAGGCAUGCUCAAAGAACAGGGGGACACUGUACUGACUCUGCCGAAGUUCACCAUCAAGUGCGUCAUAGACUUGAAGCAACUGCUUUGUUCCAUGGGCGAAGGUGACGUGUUCUCAGAAGGAGCCGAUUUGUCGGGUCUGUGUAAAGCAUCGCACAAAGAUGUCGUCGUGUCAUCUGCGAAGCACUUUGUCUACUUUAAGGCUGGUUGUAGUGGACCGGUUCCUGAUCCUGAUGAACAAUCCACUACAGGCGAAUCAACAGCUGCUGUAUCUGACCAUCCACCACGCAAGUUCACUGUGGACCAUCCAUUCUUGUUCCUCGUUGUAGGCAGGGAUCCAGAUAUAAUAUUUUUGAUUGGUUCAGUGAAAGGAAUAUCCUCAAACAAAUGUGAUGUUUAUAACAUGAACUAGAUGUUACAUCUAUAGAUGAUAAACAAGUUUGCGAGCCAAUGACAGUUGCCUGACCUAAAAUGCCUGGCAUAGUUCUUCGUUGCACACACUGAAUCAAUCUGUCAUUUUGGCAAUAUUAAUAAAUUAAGUUGUUGUCCGACAUUUCCCACAAAUUUAAGCCGCAGUUGCGGAUGAUGAUAGCUGAAGUAAAGUUACGAUUGUGGUAACUGAUGGUACAAGUCAGUUAAUCGCGACAUCACUCGCUCACCUGCGCGCGCGUGUGUGUGCGUGUGUGCGCGUGUGCGUGUGUGUAGUCUCGUUCUCAUUCCUUCUUCCUCAGUCUCAUUCUCAUUGCUCAUUCCUCAGUCUCACUCUCAUUCCAAUCAUCUUGUAGCGGCGCGACCAUCGCCAACAAAGCAGGUGAAGAAGAUGCGCUCACAUGCAGGUAGCGCGAGUAUAUAUAGAACACGCUACCGCAUUCGGCCUGAGUGGCGGCGGUGUCGGCCGCUCCCGAGAUCCA